AUGGCGCUCCUUUGGGGCUCCCAAGCACUCUCAGUGCUCCAGGUCCCCAUGCACCCGUUCCUCCUCCUCCUGUCAUUCAAUGUGUUCUCAUCCUCAGUCAACCCAUGGGUCCUGACCGCUGUUGAUUGGUGGGGUAAACUUCUGACCCUUUCCGGCCCACUCUUCAUCGCAAUGGAGGGCCUGUCCAGCCUGCUGGUGGCGCAGAAGUUGGGUCAGGAAGGGAAGAAGCUCAUCGGAGUGGAGCAACCGAAGGGAGAAUUCUACCAGUUUGCGCUGCUCAUUGGGACUGCAGUGGCAUUUGUCGCGUCGGCGUACUGGAUUGUAGAUUCGUAUCCCUCAGCAGCAUCAUCCCCCUUGUCCUCCACGCUCUUGGGAGUGGCAUUGACUACCUUUUUGUUCCUGACCGUUAUUGGUUUCGUGAUGAGGCGAACCAAUAUCAUCGAAUCCUCCGGCCUUGCCGUGUUCAUUGCAUACAACGUAUGGCUGUGUGAUUUUGACCAGGCCUCUUUACCGACCCGGCGUCAUCAUCCAGUCCUAAUCGCCCUUCUGUACCGCCUGACGAUACUGCAUUCGGCAUCGCGCAUCCUUCCUACAAUCGGAGCAGACAGCUGGGAAGGUGACGGAGACGAGGAUAAUGAGUGGGAUCGACGACCAACCUCGACCUUGACUCGGCUGCUUCUGACUUAUAAACAAUUCAUCUUUGUGACGGUAUACUCCCACCUACUGUUGCUCGACCAUUCCUCUCAAAUUUGGUGGCGCUGGAUCAACAUCUUCUUCACUCUCUUCAUUUGGUCGAUCGAACUAGUCGUUAGCUCAGACGACGAAGUCAGCAAGGAAUGGAAAAUCGAUUAA